AUGGCGAUGGACCCUCAGGGUCGGCUGCUGAUGGAGAAUGUGUACCAUGCGCUUGAGAAUGCGGGUCUCAGAAUCCAGGGUGUCGCUUCUAGGCAAGUGUCGGUCUUUGUGGGCGCAUCAAAUGGCGACUUUAAACAUAUCAUGGGGCUGGAUGAGCGGUCUCUGUUGAAAUACCUGCCAGUGGGAACGACGCCAUCAAUUCUUUCGAACCGAGUCAGUUGGUUCUCUGAUCCCAAGGGAAGCAGCAUGACUGUGGAUACUGCCUAUCUCCGAGUGGGAACUUCAAAAAUGGCUAUUGUGAGCGGUGUCAACCUACUGGAGGACCCGGAGAUGAUGUUUCGGAUGAGCCAUGCCGGGUUUCUAGGUCCCGACAGUGUAUGCCACAGCUUCGAUCACCGUGCCAAUGGGUACGCUUGUGUUGAAGGAGUCAGGAAUAUCAUUCUGAAGCCCGUGGCAGACGCGAUUAGAGACGGUUCAAAUCAAGACGGGCAUACUCCGGGGAUGUCGAUGCCGAGUUUCAAGAGCCAGGAAGAGCUCAUUCGAACUGUAUACUACGAAAUGUUCGAGCGAGUCUUGAUGUCCUGA